UCUUGAUCAUCUGCUAGUUUGGGUUUAAGAACAGUCGAUAGUGAGUCGAGAUCUCCAAGUACUUUCUUUCUAGGGUAGAUCCCAUAUACUAUUCUUUAUCAGAUUUAAAAGGACAUUGUUGAUGAACUACAUAUUUUCAGUGUGUCUUUACCUGGGAGCCUAAAUGAUUCACACAUCCUCUACCACAGUUGAAUUAGAGGAGCUUUACGACGUUGCGGUACACAUGAUUGCGUCUUUCACCCCUGUAUAGCAUAUUGGAGAUCAUACUGCGAUUUCAGGAUUAGCCUAUUACUUCUACCAAUAUCACCAAGAAGUAGGUUAUUUUUGGAAUAAGGAACAGUAAACAUUUAAUUGCAGCACAUGCGAAUUCCCAAGCGUGCCAAGCCAGCUUUUUUCAUCAACUAUGAACCUCAAGAAGAUGCUGCCUUUUUUACACACCGGCUGCAUAGCCAUAUAACAGCUUUUGCAAUGAGAGGUUCGUUCUCAACAUGUUUUUUCCACGGAUUACACGCGGAGAGAGGCGCUUCGUGAGAGGCAGACCUUGCUGGUGAAAUUACUUUUGAUUUUUGUGAGAGGAUUUCGCUUUGUUCAAUGGCUCCGGCUUUAAGGUUGACUAAACGUAAGGAUGCCAGCCCCUGGCCAAGGAUGUCUUCAACUUUCUGGGCUGUAAUACUGUUGACCAGUCUCCUAAUCAUCUACUGCGGUCAAUUGGCGGCGGGGACAUGUGAGAUUGUGAUGCUGGACAGGGACAGCAGUCAGCCCAGACGGACCAUCGCCAGACAGACUGCACGGUGCGCCUGUAAGAAGGGACAGAUCGCUGGGACGACAAGAGCCAUGCCAGCCUGUGUGGACGCUAGUAUCGUCCGGACUAAACAGUGGUGUCAGAUGGUCCCAUGUUUGGAAGAUGAGGGCUGUGACCUGUUAAUCAAUAAAUCUGGAUGGACUUGUACACAACCAGGAGGCAGAGUCAAAACCACUACGGCUCUAUGACGUGACUGGAGUCCCUGUGGAUCCUCCAUUCCUCUGACAGUACCAUGGCGGAGGAGAGCAUUGAUGACCCUGACAGACAGCCUCAGCCUCAGCCCACACCACCAACCACCACCACCGGUCCAUGAACAUGAACAACCAAUUCUAUACCAUGCUGGGCAUUAUCCACAAAGCAAGGUCUCUUAAACACAGUCAACCACGGCCAAUACUGGAGGGUUUGAGGGAACUUUGGGGAAGUCGAGAGCGAGGUCUCAUCUUUGACUCUGGAGAAUUUUCCUGUGCCCUGACUCCUGGCUCUACCCGUCUGCGGCUCCGACCAACCAAUGACCAUCCGCUGUAGAUAACCCACUGUCUGUCAUUGGAUCAACAUGUCCCGUCUGCCUGCUCCUAUUACUGUCCGUCUGCUUUGUAAAUGAGCAGAAUCCUCUAGUGCCAUGGAGGUCAGGUGUCCGGCUGCGCCUUGUCCAGAGAGGGAGAAAGUGGUGACUAUGGAGCCAUUUUGGAUCGACUACUGUACUGUUCAGCUAAUGUCUGCUAAUUUUCAGUGGACCGAGGACUCCCACUACUUCAACCUCACCUGCUUCUGUUAGACUAAUGGGACAGUUACGUGUCCCAAAGAACAGGAUUAUUGUGAACCAGGCCCGAGGCUCUCUGAUGUGUCUGACCUAGCACCAGACUAUGGACUGGACCAAACGUUUGACUGGAUCUAUCCAGACUAUGGACCAGACUGGACCAGAUCCUACUGCUCGCCUUGUGCUCUGCUGUGAAUAGAACUUCUGCUGGAGUAGUACAACUUUGGCACCCUCCAUAUUUUUAUAGACCAAAGAGGAAAAAAUAACAGUAAGACUAGAUGGACCAGAUUGGGAAAAAGAAAUGGAUACUUGUUUUUCUUGCUACACCACAAUGACUGCCCUCAUAGCUGUAGAUGUUGGACUUUAUGUCUAGUUGGACACGUAUACAAUCAAAGGAGUUACCUUUAAAAACAUGUUUUUCUCUGACUAAACCCACCACUGUAUUUUGAAACUGAAGAUAUAGGUAAACAUAUCUGUAUAUAAAAAAAUCUGAUUUGCAUUUUUCAUUAGCUACAAAUUGGGACACAUUGCAAUAAGCAUGGUUGGUAAAACGGUAAAAGAGUAAAACUACUGAUCAUCAUUGAGGCAAAAAAGAGAAUAUUGAAACUGUCAUUUCUGAUUGCGGCUGGUGGGUGGCGGAAAGGCACAUUUCAUUAAAUGUAUUUUGAAAAGCCUAAAACGUAUAUAUUUAACAGUUUUAUAUGUUGUACCUUUGUAGAGAACCUUAUUCGACAUGAAUAAUGUGGUCACAAAAUGGCAGCCAUAGAACGUGAAAAACAAGCUCUCUGAUGCUGGUUUGUCCUGCUCUCUUUCUGUUCUCAUGACAACUAGCUUCUCUCCUUAUACCUCUAAUCUCCCUAUCUAUCAAUCACAUAUAAAGGAAAGAAAUGCACUUGAGUUCACUCAGAAUAUGUUUUAAAUAUUUAAUGGUAAUAUUUUACAGAUGUUUGUGAGAGUCUUGCUGUGUAUGGUUUUAAUGUGGUUAACAACUAACACAGCAUAUACAAUCUGACUGAACCCUCAAUGCUGUUUCCCUUUAUCUGCAAUUGAUUGAAUUCCAGCAUGAGAGUCACUAUCUAUCAAAAACAUGAAAAAUAGCAUUACAAAAUGAAUUGAGCUAAUCACAGACAGAGAUUUUGUCACUUUAGUCAAUAAGCAGCCUUCGGAACCUGCUGAUUGCUGCAGUAUUGCAUUGUAAAAGGUGUGGAAUACUGUCUAAUUUCUCUAUAAUGUCAAAUUUUAUUUUUGUGUUUGUCGCACAAUGCUGAUCUCCAGUCCUGAGUGACGAAAAUUAUGAUGACACGUGAAGAAGGGAGGCAUUGCGGGAAAAGUUUUAGAAUAAUUUACAUACUUUUUUUAUCAUUAAAUAUUUUAAGAAUAAAUACAUGAAAUAACCGUCACUAGCUAAUAUAGACGCUUUGAUAUUCAAAGUCAUCAAAUUUGUUCAAGUAAGAUUUAUCAUAUCUUAUUUUGUAUUACGUUUAUUUAAUUGUUCUGUCCUAUAUGCCAAAAGCUGACAGCCUGAAAUAGUUUUUCUUCUGGACCAUCUACUUUACAGUGUCUAAUUGUCCACAUGUAAGUUCCUCAUACAUAUCUAAUAGGUAAACACCUGAUAUACAUAAGUAAACCAAAUCAAAUUAUUUAUAGACAGUCUCGCUGGGAUUUGAUUACAAUAACAUAUGAAUAUGAAUGUAUUGAUGCAGAGUUGAUAAAGGCAUUUGCUCAGAGUGACAGUUAGGACCGAAAUAAUAGAAGUUGACUGACUCAAUGUGUGUAUGCUGCUGGCUGUAUGUAUCAUGGUGGAAGGGAUUCCACAGUUAUACAAGAAUAUACAGUACAUAUGCAGAGUAGUACACCUGGUCAAUAUUUAAUGACCUACAAGAUUAUGAUGUUGAAGAACUUACAAAGGGUUACCCUGCAAAGGGCUACGGAUCUAAUGCAAGUGAAAACACAAAAGAUAUCAGUUCCCUGGACAGCACCACAUAACCAGACACCCGCUACAUUAGAUGGUGCUGUCCAAGGUGCUCUGAUUCCAUGAAAGACAAAUCCAAGCAUUCACAGAGGCUUCAAAGGUCUUGUGUUAGGCUCUGAGUGAAGGCCUACACCUUCAAGAUUAACCCCCAACUUGUCCGGAUUCACUUCUGUUCAGAUCCAGAUGCUGAACUUCUCUUAUCCACACUUGGCUCUCUGCUGUUCAGUCCAACUGACUAAUUUUCAUUAACUGACUGACUGGGACCAGUCCGACUAGCUGGCUGGCUGGCUGACUGACGUUCCUUCUUAAUCCUGACUGACUGGAUCAGCCUGUUCCACCAACACCAGCUGGAGAUUAAUACAGUUGUUGUUGACAAAGAAGUUUUCUAAAGAUGCAAAUGAGAAGUGACUUUCCUGAAAGUGUGUGUGUGUGUGUGUGUGUGUGUCCGUGUAGCCUGCAAUUGUCAAGACGGUUAUAAAUAUUUAAUUACAUCUGAUUGAAUUUCAAUAAUCUCUCCCGUAUCCUUGAGGUUCGGUGUGAUGUUUGGAGGAGUCGUGUCUCAUAACAGUAUUAAUUUGAUUAGAGCAAAGUACAAUGAGGAGUUUCUCCUAGAGCUAUAUGGUACAUGUAGCUACAAAAUAGAGCUUGCGAUAAUGUCUUUGCCAUGGAGAAAGAGGCAAAGUGGGUGACAUACAACUUGGAGAAUGUUACUGUGUGUGUGUGUGUGUGUGUCUGUGUAAAACUCUCUUUCCUAUACAGUAGCAUGCGAAAAUAUUCACCCCUCUUGGAAUUUUUCCUAUUUUGUUGCCUUACAACCUGGA